CGCGCAAGUCUGGUUAACUUCCGGUAUGAGGUCACGGCGGUGUCCGUCGCUAGGCGGCGUUACACAUCUUCUACCGAGGCUGACCCGCGCAAACCGCUUAAGAGGAGCAAACAUAUAAACACACACACACACACACUUAACAGAAACACAAUGAGUGUUGACGUAAAGAAACUGAAAGUCAACGAAUUAAAAGAGGAGCUCCAGCGCCGUGGCCUGGACACCAGAGGCCUGAAGGCGGACCUGGUGGAGAGACUGAAAGCCGCUCUGGAGGCUGAAGCUCAGGCUGAUGCCUCAGAGCCGGGGGAGCAAGGGGAGCAGGACGAUGACUACUGCCAGGACUACCAAGACAACGAAGACAACGAUGAAAACGAAGACGGAGAGGACGCCGAGGAUGCCCAAGAGCAACAAGAAGCAGCUGAGGACUCCGGUGAUGGUGAUGGCGAAGGUGAUGUGCCUCAAGAAGAUGAUGAGGGUAGAGAUUCAGGUGGUUACUAUGAGGAAGAAGAGGCAGAAGGUGAGCCUUAUGAAAGUCAACCAGCCUCAGACUCAGGUCACAGCAUGCCUGAUUUCACGGCAGACGUCGAUAUACACAAAUCCGAGGAGAUGUCAGAGGAAGAGACCAAGACUGUCCCUGAGCCAGAGCCAGAACCAGAGCCAGAGCCAGUGCAGAAAGUUGUGACCCAAGAAGACAUUAAAGUGGAGGUCAAAUUGGAAGAUAACUCUGAGGCAGCUGGAGACAGCGAGCAGGAUAUUCGUGGGACAGAACAGCAGCGUGGGCAAGAUGGAGCUGGUCAGGCCGAGCAAGUCAAAGUGGAAGCUGAUAAAGGUGGGCAAUACGGCCGCAAGAGACCAUAUGAGGAGAGCAGGGGCUACGGCUACUAUGAGCACCGUGAGGACAAGAGAUCCCGCACACCACAGCCCCCUGCAGAAGAUGAGGAAGAGAACAUUGAUGACACCCUUGUUACAAUUGAUACGUACAACUGUGAUCUGCACUUCAAAGUGUCCCGAGAUCGCUACAGCGGCUAUCCACUGACUAUCGAAGGCUUUGCUUACCUGUGGGCUGGAGCACGAGCUACACAUGGUGUCACCCAGGGUCGUGUGUGCUAUGAGAUGAAGAUCAAUGAGGAAAUUCCUGUGAAGCACCUGCCCAGUAGUGAGCCAGAUCCCCAUGUGGUCAGAAUCGGAUGGUCCAUCAACCACUGCAGCACUCAGCUCGGUGAGGAGCCCUUUUCCUUCGGAUAUGGAGGAACAGGAAAGAAAUCCUCUGACUGUAAAUUUGCAGACUUUGGUGAGAAGUUUGGUGAGAAUGAUGUCAUCGGCUGUUACAUUGACUUUGACACUGGUAAUGAGGUGGAAAUGGGCUUUUCCAAGAAUGGAGUGUGGUUGGGCGUAGCUUUCCGGACAACCAAGGAAGCGUUGGCAGGCCGUGCCCUUUUCCCUCAUGUCCUGGUGAAGAAUUGCGCUGUUGAGUUCAACUUUGGACAGAAGCGGGAGCCUUACUUCCCCCCGCCAGAGGGAUACACCUACAUCCACAACAUUGAGAUGGAUGACAAGAUCAGAGGCACUAAGGGACCUGCCAGCAAAUCUGAAUGCGAGAUCUUGAUGAUGGUUGGCUUGCCUGCCUGUGGAAAGACUACUUGGGCUAUAAAACAUGCCGAGACUAACCCUGAGAAGAAAUACAACAUCCUGGGCACCAACGCCAUCAUGGACAAGAUGAAGGUGAUGGGUCUGCGUCGCCAGAAGAACUAUUCCGGCCGAUGGGAUGUUCUGAUACAGCAGGCCACCCAGUGUCUGAACAGGCUGAUUGAGAUCGCUGCACGCAAGAGGCGCAACUACAUCCUGGAUCAGACAAAUGUAUAUGGAUCAGCAAGGAGACGAAAAAUGCGUCCUUUUGAAGGUUUUCAACGCAAGGCUAUUGUAAUUUGUCCCACGGACGAGGAUUUAAAAGAACGAACAUUAAAGCAAACCAAUGAGCAGGGGAAGGAUGUGCCCGAUCAUGCUGUUUUAGAAAUGAAAGCCAACUUUACUCUCCCUGAGGCUUGCGACUUCCUGGAGGCGGUGACGUACAUUGAGCUGCAGCGCGACGAGGCUGAAAAGCUGUUGAAGCAGUACAAUGAGGAGGGCCGCAAGGCUGGCCCGCCGCCAGAGAAACGCUUUGACAACAGGCAGGGCGGGUUCCGUGGCCGCGGCGGUGGUAGCUUCCAGCGGUACGACAACCGUGAUGGUUCCCGCGGUGGUUACCAGAACCGCAGUGGAGAUGGAGGCAGUGGAUACAGAGGAGGCUACAAUCGUGGCAGCUAUAACCAAAACCGUUGGGGCAGCAGCUACCGUGAUGGAGGCUCUGACGCACGCGGUGGAUAUAACCGCAGCCAGCAGUCAGCAAGCUACAAUCGCCCGGCUCCUUACAGCAAGGGAGGAUACAACCAGGGCUAUGGCCAGAGCUACAAUCAAGGGGGGUACAACCAGGGCAGCGGCUACAACCAGAACUACUACAGCAACUACAGUCAGUACCCAGGAUACAGCCAGAGUUACAGCCAGACACCUACCACUGCACAGACGUACAACCACCACCAGCAACAGCCACAGCAGCAGCAACAGCCGCAGCCGCAGCAACAACAACAGAGCUACAACCAGCAAUACCAGCAGUACGCUCAGCAGUGGCAGCAGUACUACCAGAACCAGAACCAGUGGAACCAGUAUUACAGCCAGUACGGCAGCUACCCUGGACAGGGCAGCCAGGGCUCAUCUUCAGGUUCCCAGUAGCUUUGCCCUGCACCUGCACCUGCACCUGCACCCACCUGUGUCCUAAACCCCUUCUGACCUCUGCAGAGAAUUACUUUUGUACAGUUCCACGAGUCACCCACCACAACUGUCUCUGUCUGGUUUUAACACAGUAGCCUUCAUUCCUCACCAAUCAAUGUACACAUAACCUGUAUACAGUUUGAUGUCUUGUCAUUUUUUUUUCUUUUUUUUACUGAAUGAAGUCUUACUUUAAGCAGUGACAGUGAGGUGGUAGAUGAUAGGUAUCUAAACAUUAAUGAAUGUUAUCUAUUAUGCAUUGAAUGUGGAUGUCUGUUGAACUGCAAGAUCCACAUUUCCUACAGGUUGAAGAGGUUCAUUGUAUAUUUCUAGGAUGCAUAGCGUGAAAAAAGUGACAGGGCAGAAAACUACAGCAAAGCCUGAAAUAAGUUUGCUUGUUUUUGAAAAGCUUAACAAAGAACAAAAUGCAUGCUUUUUACUUUCAUUACCCGUUUCCUCUGUCUUGCUCGUCAUUUUUCAGUUACCAAGUGAGCACAUUUUAUUUACUCCCAAUAGAAUUCAAAACAUUAUGGAACUUUUUUUUUUUAAUUUUUUUUUUUAUAGAUGUUGAUACUGUAGUAUUUAAGCGUUGAUCCAGUCUUUGAUUGAUUGAGCAGAAUAUUUUGCCACUCUUGUUGAGUAGUUGUAUGUGCAGGGUUGUUUUUUUUUAUCCCCUUGUGAUUGCCGUUCAUUAAGUCCAGUAGUUUAAAUCCUGUUCUGUCAAACCCAUUUUUUCUACCUAAAAAUGAAAAAUCUGAUUAUGACCAGUUACCCAAGCUGUCUGUAUUCUUGUCUUUAUACAAUAAAUGCAAUUGUAUACGCCUGGA